AUGGACCAGCCUCCUCCAAGCCGACGCCGUCCUCCCUACUCUCUCACUCUCUGCACCCUUCUCCCUCCCCUUCCAAAGGCCAGGCUCGGUGUUUGGCCUACUUGUAAACGUCUCUCCUCCUCGCUCCUCAUUCUUGCGGCAGUAUUGGCGGUUACAACCAGCCAGCCUACGCUGUUCAGUAGUCCGGUCCCGUUGGCGCCCUCCAAGAAGUGCCCGUCCGCCAGAGAAGUAAGCUUUUUAGCCUCAUGUAUUCAUAUAUUUCCUCAUACAUUGAGUGACCGAUCUAAUGAAAUCUUUGUCCAAAAUUGUAAAAUGCAUUUUCGAUCAGGAAGGAUUACUUAGGUAAGGUUGUAAUAAUGAUUAUUUUGCGGCACAAUCAUAUAAUAUUUCGCACUUGGCAGGAUGUCGGCUUUUGAUUACACUUCUUUUUAAUCUCCUGUUAAACCGAACUCGGUAAAAAAUAACUACUUAGGAAGCAUGCACUUUUCUCACUGAUUUCCGAUGGUCUUAUCAAUUCAAAUCUAUUUUAUGAAGGACAUUAACAAAAAUAACCUCUCUUUCACGCGUUUGAUACAGAAUGACGUCAACUGUAUAUUUUGUAUUCGAAGAAGGCGUAUAAUUAGGUUUUGAAAAACGUUUUCUAAUUCCCGAAUAAGUUGGAGCCUGAUCAGCCGUUCCGUUAACGCUUAGUGAUUUCAGUCUACAAGGUGCAUGCUUUCCGCGUAAGGAGAAUCAUGCAUUCUCCCAUGCCUUUAAAAAGAUACCAUAUAAAGUCCAUAAAAUGUUGCAAUGGAUGCGGACUAUGUUGCACAUUGCAUGAGAAGCAGUAGUAAACAGACAGGUGCACGGUCCUAAAAAUCUCAUAAUUUGAAACUUUUUAAAACCUUCGUAUAAUCCUUCUUCGAGUAUAAAAUAUAAAGUUGACGUGAUUCUGUAUCAAACGCAUGAAGGAGAGAAUAUUUUUAAAUGUUUUUUAUAAAAUAUAUUUGAAUUUAUAAGACCAUCGAAAAUCAGUGUGAAAGGUGCAUGCUUCCUAAUUAGUUAUCUUUUACCGAGUUCGCUUUUUACAGGAAAUUAAAGAGAAGUGUAAUCAAAAGCUGACAUCCAGCCGAUUGCGAAAUAUUAUAGGAUUGUGCGGCAUGAUAGUCAGAAUUACAACCUUACUUAAGUAAUCCCUCCUGAUCGAAAAUGCACUUUAGAAUUUUGGUCAACCAUUUCUCUAGAUCGGUCACUCACUGUAUUAAAGUAGCUGGACCACGUCAUAAAAUGUUAACCAAAAUUCUGAAAUUGUUUUUUGAUUGGGAAGAAUUACUUUGGUGGGCUUGUAGCAGACUAUCGUGCGACAUAGCCCCAAGAUAUUUCAGUCAUACCGGGAUGCCGGAAUUUGAAUGAGCCUCUUUUUGGUCGCCCGCAAAAAUACACUCGGCAAAAAUGACCAUUUUUGAAAUGUGCACGUUUCGCGUUGUUUGUCGAUGCCGUCAUAGAUUCAAGUGUAUUUUUUAGAAAUAAUGCGCAACAAUAUUUUUCCUUAUACCCAUUUGACAGUUAUUCACGUCUUCUUCAAAGCCUAUACUUGGUGAUAGGGAAUCCUUCGAGUUUUUAAAAAAACUUUCAUAGUUGCGAAUAAUUUUGGACCUAUCCUUCAGUCGCACUUGCAUCUUGAGUUUCUAAACUACGUGCUGUACAUGUAAAGAAAAUCAUAACUUUGUUAAUGUUAUUAAGGUUUAUAAUAGGGUUCGUAAAAGUUUGUUAGGAAUAUGAACCCCGUUGUAUGCUUCAAAAGCCGAUACAAUGGUGCACGGGCAUCAAUUUCUCGGCCUGAAAAUCUCAUAACGACAGACGUCUUUUAAAGCUAAAUAUGCCCUUUUUCUCAAUAAAAUUCAACGAAAGCGGGAUUUCUGCGAAUAUUUCCAUGAUCAGCUUGAAAAGCUAAUUGGAAAACACAAGUUUUGGUUCUGGUAGUUCAUCGGUAAGCCACUACAGUUACAUGCGCGUCAUGGACAGGGUUUAUAUGUAUGUCGAGGAGGGCGGUUAGUCACGACGGUACGACCGUCGUUGCCGAUGGCGCCCACCGUGUGCUCCACAGCAGGGACGGUGACUUGUGCGUGAAUAAGUUUAUAGUGAUGGUUGACCUGCACGACAUCUACCGUAUUCUUUCCUCCUCCUCCUCCUCCUCCUCCUCCACAUGAGUCCGGUGUCAAGACAGAAUCAAGAAGACCACAGGCGGGCGAAGGCGCAGAUGGAUGGCACGGUCGAGCCCGCACCUUGAUCCUCCACUCCAUACCCUCUGAUCCACACAGCAAAUGACCAGGCUUUUGACCAACCAUGUCAAUGGGGAGGGCCGCAGGGGUCCCAAUGUGCGCGACGUCUGCCGGCAGCUGGGUCUGUCAUCGCACCUCAAGAUGUUAGCAUUGGUUGUGGUGCGCAUUCCGAUAACGCCUACCAGGACAUGGCCUCCGUGUUGGUCCAGCUCAUCUACCACGUGGCCCGUUUGGGGGCCCGUUUUGUCGUUAAGGCUGCAGAUGGAGGUUGGGGGUUGGGUGUGAGUCUGUAUCUCGAAAAUUCGGAGUGCUUUGGACUGUUAUUAGGGGGUUAGGAUGGCGUGGGGCUAUCACUUAGAGUCGACCACGGAAGAUAGACCGCUUUUACCAACAUCUUCCGACAAAAAGUGCUGGAUUUAUUAACUAAAUAGUCACCAAAUCGGCUGUUGCUGUCACCCACUGACGUAGGCUUUUGGAGCGGUUUGUUGUUGUCCAGGGGAAUUGGAGAUUCCUGUCUAAUGGAUGGGCGGGGAUAGAACUCUAAGUCGAUCUGGUUUCACCUCCUCCUAGACAAGCAGAUGCAGCAGACAUACUAACUCAUGAAAUGCCAUGAGGUAGCACAAGAAAAUCCUUUUAACGCAAAUUCCACCCAACCAGCUUUCCCCAAAGUCUUACGGUAGUGAAAAUACUACCGUUCUUAAAAAGGCAUAGCUGAAUUCGUAAAUUAAUACUUACUAACCUAAGGAUAAUUUUCAUUGAAAACUAGAAUUUUGGAAAGUGGCUGUAUUAUAGGGCAAAUCAUAAGGGAAAAUGGGACCAGUAAUAAAAAAAAUAACAAAAGAUCGGUGUUUUGUUGACUGUCAAUUUGCAUUUAUCACAGCAGACAGUCUCUCAGACGUAGAGAUGGCCAGGCUAUCUAUAGUGGGCUCUUCAUUGUAAUUUUCUAGCAUAUAAUCAAGCUUUUCUUGCAUUGAAAGUUCCUUAUUUGCCCUGUGUCAAUGUCUUUCGAUAAGUACGAAAACAUUUUUGGUAGGAUUGAGGUCCAGGCUGUUGAAAGGGAUAAAAAUCGACUGGUCACAUGAAGGGAGGCUGGUCCUUGUCUAAAAAGUCGGAUUACGACUGAAAGCGUUAUCAGACUCGUGCUUCUUUGGGACGACGGACAGAGGCGUUGUCGUGUAAAAUUAUGAUAUCGAAUUGACGUCGGUGGCUAUCGUUGUAAUCGAAAACAUCCUUCACAAUGUUGACGAACACCUUGCUGUUGUUGGUGUCCGUAUUCGACUGCCAGACUGGCCGCUCGCCGAAUUUGGUGGUCAUCCAAACCAUCAACUUCCGACAGUUCUUGAAGGUUGCCGUAGACGCAGUAUGUUCUUUCGAGAAGUUCUUUCCACACAUGACCCUCUGAGUUGACUUCGUAGGUUUGUCUAAAAAUAAGACCUCGUCGCAGGCAAACAUGCUCUUCCAGGAUGAGGGUCGGCAAUCAACAUAUUUUAGGCAGAUAAAAAAACGUUCUCUAACAAGUUUUCUACUCACAAACGGCUUGAUCAUGGCUUUUUGUUGAUGAAAUUCAAGUUUCUGACGCUUUGUUGAUUAUGUCCGUAGAGGGCAUCGGCGGAUGUUUCUGUGAAUAGUCUUAAUGAGCAUAUAAUACGUCGAAUAAAAUCGUCGUUUUACUUACUUGUGGACCGUUUUGGUCCAUACUGCAUAUGUCUGGGUACAGUUCUAUCAUCAAUUAUUCUCCACACAGUAGCCUUAAUAUUAUUGAAAAAACUUGCUAACGACUCUUUUCGUAGCCGACUGCUGAAAGACAUUGUCUGGACAUAGUUACCACCCGCGCUGACACAGAAGAGUAACAGCCUGUCGCGUGUGCUGGAUAUCUACAUAUAUAUUUGUUUACGCCUAGUUGUUCUCGGUGUGUCUUAUGAUAUGAAACGUCAACGGAAUUUUAUGAACUAAAUUUGCUCUCUUUUUCUUCAAAACAAGUGCGAUUUCUCAUACCCACCGUCAUCUGAUUUCCGUGGAAGCAAAGGCGAAUUUUCCGCUUCCAGAAGGGAUUUAUUUCGUACUAUUCCCGUUUAUGUUAAUCAUCGUUUACAGGGCAAUGUACGCAAAUUUUUCAGUAGCACAGGAACUUACCUGAAUAUCAAGAAAUGUCCGAUUAAGCCCAAACCUGACCAUUUUUAGUUUUAUGAAACUGAGUUGGAAUGAGUUCCUUUUCAGUAAACGUUUUCUGUGUCUCAAAUAAGUUCGAAAAUACAAAUAACAACAUCAAAUGUGUGACAUACAUCUUGCUUAAAUUUCGACCACGACAUUUCAUCGACAUGACCUUCAAAGGUAGUCAUUCUCAGCCGUAGGUGGGGAGAAUUUGUGAUGAAUACGCAACCGUCUUGUAUCAAACAUCGGUGUUACAUGUCGACGAAUCUGAUGGUCAGAUUAUUACGGCAGACUGUGGGAGCCAGAUAUAAAGGUUGCUACGUAGUUCUGUUGACUUUAUUCUGAGUAUAAUGUGUCCGGUCCGCAGUCAGUUGGAGUUAUGACUCGGGAGGCUGGAGCUUUUAAACAUAAUUUCCUGGUGUCCUUCAAUGGAAGUGACUCGAAAAUAAUCUCUACCUCGUCCUUCACGAGCUCGAGAACUAACAACUUGACAACUUGCUCAGCAUCGAUCUCACUUCCUCUACAAAAUCUAGAACUGGACAUGUGUGCAGUAGCCAGAGCAGGCAAAUUUGCGUCUACGCGUACCACACGCGUUCUGCCCCCUAUGCAAACACGAACAUGACUUUAAGUCGGCCCUCGCACCUUUUGCCGAAGAGGGUUGCCAUCAUUAUGAAGAAGACAUUGUCACCUAUCUCUCAGUUAAGAAGACCGCACUACCUCCCCAGUUGGCAACCCUCGGAGCCAUCACCUUUAGCGCAUAGUAAAAGAUGCAAAAUUCAUUGUUUUAGUAUGCUGAGGGAACUUAUAAAGUCUGUUUCGUUUGACAACUGCCAGGCCGGAGGUGUGAUUGAACGGAGUUCUGACUUGACAAAAGGUUUCUGUUCACUUGCCGUUAUCAAAUGCCACAGCAGAGCAGACCGUAUACAGAUUGGUUUCUCGCAAUCCCCUUAUUUUCGGCAAAGACUCUUACAAACUUUUUAAUAGCCAAGGCCAUAACCAUGGGAAUUCUUUAAACGUCAAUGGAAAUACAAGCAGGAUAUGUUGCGUGUGCCUAAUAUGCCAUACCUCCAACAAUGUUCGUCUGUUAAAAUUCUAUUGUGUAGGUGCACAUUCCAUGCAAAUGUUCUUCACUGCGUACUGUCACUGUGCUGAGUCCAAGCCAUGCCGUUCACUUUAGAGUGGAGGGGCUAACUCAUGACAUGUCAACCAAAUUUUCGAAAUGUGUUUUCCUUUCGAAAAUAUUAACUAAGUAGGGUCGUAAAAAAUAAUCAUCAUGCAGCAUAAUUCCAUAAUAAUUCAGUUACCUCAGGAUACCACCAUUUGAACAAACUUUUAUUCGGCUGCAUACAAAAACUAUGCUCUGUAAAAGAAUGACUACCUAUGUAGCAUGCAUUUUUCUCAUUGGUUUUCGAUGCCCUUAAAAAUUUAACUAUAUUAAAUUGAAAACAUGCAUAAAAUAUUCGUUCUUUUUCUCAUUCGGUAGAAAAUUACAUCUUACAAUUUUAUACUGAAAAAAGAGUAUACUUUGAGUUUCAAAAAACCAUUCCAACUCCUGAAUAAUUGUGAACCUCGACCUGUCGUUACACUAGCAUUCAAAGUUUCAAAACCGCAAGCCGUAUAUUUUCCGUGUAUGGACAACCAUACAUUUAUCUACGGUAUUAAGAGGAGACGGUAUGGGGUUAAUAAAAUUUCGCAGUGGAUAUGAGCCAUGUUUUAAACUUGACAAGCCACCAUGGCAAAGUUUGGUGACAUGACACUUUAUGAACGGCUUUUCACGGUAUCAAAAAUCUCACAAUUAGAACAUUUUCAAAACCGCAUUAUACCCUUCCCUCGACCGCAAAACACGGCAGUUCGACCGUCGUUGCCGACGAUGCCCACCGUGUGCUCCACAUCAAGGUGAGAGUAGGCACGGUGACUUGUGCGUGAAUUUGUUUAUGAUGCUGUUAGACUUGCACAGCAUCUACCGCGCUCUCUCCUCAUACUCCCUACCGGGAACCGGUACCAAAACAUAGUCAAAAAGACCGGAGGUGGGAGAGGGCGCAGGUGGAUGGCACGGACGGACCCGUACCUAGGCGGGCGUACUACCGCACCCCGUGGUCCACAAAAACAUCUGACUAGGAUUUUAACCAACAACAAAACGGGUCAGAAGGACGACGAUGACUGGGCGGCCGUGCACACGACCUGUAUACCCGGCGGGAGCAUAAGCGCAUUCACCGACAAGAAACCAGGGCCAGAAGACUGCCAGGGAGUACCUGGCUGUGAGAGCCAUAGCAAGCACCUACAUUCCUUCAGGCUCACACAAGAAACACACGAAAAACACACACACCUACUCUGCAGUGUUCCACAAAGUAAUUGCAAACUAAGCGGUAUUGUCACCGCCGAACCGAAGCUCCUCAGUGUCCCCUAACCUGCCAGUCUCUCUUAGAGUUUAGCUUACUCUGUGGACAGUAUGAGCGCACAUGUUCGGGCCCUUUUGGCCCGCAUAUGUUGAUCCUCGGUGGUAGUGGAUGAAGAGGUAUGGAUAAGCCCCGAACAUCUGCUGUCUCGGCCUUUGCGCGCAUUUGCUGGCCAAAUCUUGUUGUCUCGCUUGGUCGGUUGGUGGCCGGACAGACGGUCGUCUGUUCAUGAUCUCAGCAUCCGUUUCGGAGCUUAAUUCGUGCACAGAAUCCAGUACAAAGCAGCACACACCUAUUGUGGAAAAGGAAACACGACCACUGGGACAAGAGUUUUAUUCGCUUGACGUUUCGGAUUUCUGCUCGAAUCCAUCAUCAGUGACAAAAACAGAUAAGGGUGGUUCUAGCCCACAGGGCUGCAGUAUUUAUAGGAUGCCGUCGCCAUGCUGCCGCAUAUCUAUGAAUAUUCACGGCUCCUCUCUUCACACGGGGAGCUAGCUCACAGGUGAACACUGUUCCCAACGCCAGGGUUGGUGGGUCAGAUGGUCGAGCAAUCAUCACACCAACAUCCAACAAACUUGGUGAACUUUUAGCAAUUAAAGACGCGAAUAUCGGCUAUCAAAAAGUUAUCACACCAAGUGAAACGAUGCUUGCUCAAGUGGGAGCCGUGAAUAUUCACAGGUAUGCGGUAGCAUGGCAACUGCAUUCUAUAAAUACUGCAGCCCCUUGUGCGUGAAUCACCCGUAUCUGAUUUUGUCUCUCAUUAUGGGUUCGAGCAGGAAUCCGAAAUGUCAGACGAAUAAAGCUCUUGUCCCAGCGAUCGUCUCUCCUUCUUCACAACUGCUUACUGGGAUUCGUCUCUUCGCUUCUAUACACCUAUUUUUACAGGAUAAUAUGGAAAUCUGGAUUUAACCGUUUUUCAUGCACACGGACAUCUAGCUGACAUGUUAAACUGACAUUUUUGUGUCUAUAAAGUUGCCCACAAGACCGCUCUAA